CUUGGCGCGGGGUUAUGAGCCCCGCUCCGCGCGGGACGCACUGAGACGCCAGGGUCGCCAUGACCAAGUCGUACAGCGAGAGCGGCCUCAUGGGCGAGCCGGGGCCGCCGCGCUGGGCGGACGGGCGCCUCAGCCCCCGCGACGGGGAGCGCGACAAGGCGGAGGAGGAGCCGGAGGGGCUGCCCGGCGAGGCCGAGGAGGACGCGCUGCGCAACGGCGACGAGGAGGAUGAGGAGGACGAGCUGGACGAGGAGGAGGAGGACGACGAGGAGGAUGAGGAGGACGAGCAGAAGCCCAAGCGGCGCGGCCCCAAGAAGAAGAAGAUGACCAAGGCGCGCAUGGAGCGCUUCAAGCUGCGCCGCAUGAAGGCGAACGCGCGCGAGCGCAACCGCAUGCACGGCCUCAACGCGGCCCUGGACAACCUGCGCAAGGUCGUGCCCUGCUACUCCAAGACGCAGAAGCUCUCCAAGAUCGAGACGCUGCGCCUGGCCAAGAACUACAUCUGGGCGCUCUCCGAGAUCCUGCGCUCGGGCAAGAGCCCCGACCUCGUCUCCUUCGUGCAGACCCUGUGCAAGGGCCUCUCGCAGCCCACCACCAACCUGGUGGCCGGCUGCCUGCAGCUCAACCCGCGGACCUUCCUGCCGGAGCAGAGCCCCGACGUGCCGCCGCACAUGGCGCCGGCGGGAGCGCCCUUCCCGGCGCACCCCUACCCCUACCAGUCGCCGGGGCUGCCCAGCCCGCCCUACGGCACCAUGGACAGCUCCCACCUCUUCCCGGGCAAGGCGCCGCCGCCCUUCGGCGCCGCCCUCGAGCCCUUCUUCGAGGGCGGCCUGGCCGAGUGCGCGAGCCCCGCCGCCUUCGACGGGCCGCUCAGCCCGCCGCUCAGCGUCAGCGGCAACUUCGCCUUCAAGCACGAGCCCGCCGCCGACUUCGACAAGGGCUUCGCCUUCUCCAUGCACUACCCCGCGCCCGCCGCCGCGCUCGCGCCCGCCGCGCACGGGCCCCUCUUCGGCGCGGCGCGCUGCGAGCUGCCCGUCGAGGGGCUGCUGCCCUACGAGGGCCACGCGCCGCACGAGCGCGGGCUGCCCGCGCCGCUCCACGCCAUCUUCCACGAGUGAGCGGCGCCGC